AUGAAUUCCCGACCAUUACCACCACCGCCAGCACUUUCAAUUAAUAAUAAGGACAUUCAGUUUCUUGAACAGGAAACGACUACACUUCUUGUAAAAAACUUACCCAAUUUAUCCGAAUCAGACCUACUUGAAUUUCUAAAGCAUUUUGGUCCACAGGAAAUUCGUCUUGGAACUUCAAAUCCGAUGAAAAACUCGGCAUUCUUGGAUUAUCCAGAUCGUUUAUCAGCAGCGAACGCAUUUUCUAAGUUACAAGAAUUAGGAGAUAUAGGAGGAAAAAAAAUUCGUGUAGAGUAUGCAUUGCCAAGUAAAGAGGCUUUGCAAAAAAAGGGUAACCCUAAAGUCGCAGGAAAUUCUAAAAUUUUAUAUAAUAUCAUGAACGCUAUCGCAGCUGUGCCUAAAUUAUAUACUCAAGUUUUGCAUCUAAUGAAUAAGAUGAAUUUACCACCACCAUUUGGACCCAUAUUACCUGAAUCAAUACCAGCCUUACUUCAAACUAAUACCGAAGGAAGUCUUAACAAGAAACGCAAGAAAAGAGAUGAAUUAUUAUCAGAUGAUGAAUCUGAAAUUGACAGUGAAGUCGAAGAAGAACAAAUCAAGAUAGGUCCUGUAAAAAAACCUAGAGUAGCGGAAAUACUUCCUGGAGUCAUGCAAACAAUGCCACCUAUCCCUGUCGCUUCUUAUAUGAAUCCUACGUAUAUAGCGCCCCCUAUUGAACCAAUAACGCCUAAAGUUGCGCCACUGGUACUUACUGAUGCAUAUUCUAACCAACAUCCACCUUUAGAACCGCCAGUACAGUAUUCUUCAACUUCAAAAUCUGAAGCAUACACUAAUUCACUUCCAACUGAAGACAAAGCAGAGGAAACUGCAAAUUCACUAGUUCAACAAGCAGAAUCACCAAUAAAUUGUUUAACGUUAGAAGAACUUAAUAAUAAUAAGAUGCUAGAAGAAGGAUUGAUCAAGAUAUCUGCAAUGAAAAAUUACGAACCUGGACGACCCAAUUCAACUUUAUAUAUAAAGAAUUUGGCAAAAAAGAUAAAAAAAGAGGAUCUAGAAUAUAUCUUUGGGAGAUAUUUCCAUUCUAAAAGUCAAAUGGAUAUCCGUUUACACUCGAGAGGACAAGCGUUCGUAAUAUUUCCGGAUGAAGAAGCGGCAUCUCGGGCUUUAAAUGAUGUUCAUGGUUAUAUUUUACAUAAUAAACCCAUGGUUCUUAAUAAUCAAAACGGUCGUGAUAAAUAUAAGUUGAUAGCUUGGGAGAAUGAACCUUCAAAUUUUAAAUAUUCCCGAUUAGUUAUGAUGGAAAAGGAAAUGAAAUAUUGA